GACACCAUUUUGGUUUUGAACUAUCAACUGAUUGAAUUUUGAAUAUUGACAUUUUAUCGAUUUUAUCGAAGACCGUAUUCAAUCAUUGAUCAAGGGGUCCAUGCUGGCGUAACCUACAUAAGGAAUAGGCUGAUAUCAUUCAUGUCACAUCACAAUUAGCAAGAUAGUAUAGUGAGGUCAAGAAGAUGGGGGAUGAGUCAGAAUGGAUGAAACUCCCCACAGAGGAGAAAUGUGUACACAAGGCAUGGAAGGCCAGAGUUGCAGGCUAUGAAGAUGCUAUAAAAGCCUUCAAAAUGGCAGAUGAGAAGAGUCCCAUAUUUGGUCCUUACAUGGGCUUGGUGAAGAAGUUUGUCAUGGACAGCAAUGCUAUAUCACAGGAGAAGGGGGCUGAGGUGGUCUUGUCUUUUGUACAGAAUGCAGCAGUUGCAACAAAGACUGCAGGGGAGGUCCUCCCAGGUAUCAUACAAAAAUGUCUAAGUGCAACACGAGCCAAAACAAAACAAACAGGGAUUGAAAUAAUUAUGGCAUACAUUGAAAUAGAAAAGCAGGAGAUAGUUGAAGAGGAGCUGAUUAAAGGGCUAGAGAACAAGAACCCUAAAGUAGUAGUUGGAUGUAUUAUUACCCUUAGAGAGGCACUAAGUGGUUUUGGAAACAAGAUUAUUACGGCAAAGCCAAUUGUGAAACUAUUGCCAAAGCUACUUGAGGACCGAGACAAAAAUGUUAGAGAAGAAACUAAGAAACUCACAGUAGAGAUAUACAGAUGGGUGGGCCCAGCAUUUAAACCACAGAUUGCCAACCUUAAACCAGUAUUGUUACAAGAACUCGAAGCAGAGUUUGAAAAUUUACCAAAAGAGAAAGCCCAGCAGACCAUGUUCUUAAGGUCCCAGCAAGACUUGAAGGCCAAGCUUGAGGCACAGGCUGCAGCCAGAGAGGAAGGAGGGGAUGUGGAAGAAGAUGAUGAUGAUGCUGAACCUGAAGAGGAGUUAGACCCAUAUGACAUGAUGACAGCUGUUGAGGUCAUCUCUAAAGUUCCUAAAGAUUACUUUGAUAAAAUCGAGGCCAAGAAGUGGCAAGAGAGGAAGGAAGCUCUAGAUGCAGUAUUUAAACUGGUUGAUAAUCCCAAGCUGGAGAAUGGGGACUACCACGACAUAGUCAAGACAUUGAAGAAGGUGGUUUCCAAGGAUACCAAUGUUAUGUUAGUGACGCUAGGAGCCAAAUGUUUGGCUUGUAUUGCUAAUGGCGUCAGACAAGGUUUCAAGCCCCACGCUGCAGGAGUUAUACAAACAAUUCUUGAGAAGUUUAAGGAAAAGAAACCAACUGUUGUUGCUGCAUUACGGGAAGCCAUAGAUGCUGCCUUUAUAUCUUGUGGCCUAGACCCAGUUUGUGAAGACAUCGUAGAGGCACUUGGUAAUAAGAACCCUUCAAUUAAAGCUGAAACUGCUUCAUUCUUGGCCAGAUCUUUCAGUAAAUGCACAAUGCAAACUCUCCCAAAGAAACUACUGAAAAUGUUUUGUGCACCUUUGUGUAAGACAAUCAACGACACUGUACCAGAUGUGAGAGAGGCCUCAUUUAAAGCAUUGGGAACAGCUAUGAAAGUUGUUGGAGAGAAACCAUUGAUGCCAUUUCUGGCUGAUGUAGAAACUAUUAAACAAGGAAAGAUAAAAGAGGCAUGUGAGAAUGCAGAAGUUGUUGGUAAAAAGAGCAAGCCAAGUGCACCAAAGGCAGAAGCAACUAAAGCUGCUCCUGCUGCCAAAGCUGCCCCAGCUAAAGCACCUGCUAAGGGUGCUGCUGCAGCUAGACCUAAAACAGCUCCUGCUAAAGCUGGAGGGCCUCCCAAAGCUAAACCAGGAGCUGCUAAAAAGGGUGGAAAGAAGGGAGCUCCCCCUAAAGAAGGUCUUCCCACAGAACAAAUACUUGGAGAUGAUACAGUUGAUGAAAAAGCUGAAGCUUUGCUUCCUGGUGCAACGCUAACUAACUUAACUAACGCUAACUGGAAACUUCGACUUGAGGGCAUGGAGAAAUUCAAAGAGGUUGUUGGUUUCAUGAGUAGAGAAGAAAUAUUGUGCCAAGUCUUUGUAAGAACACUAAUCAAAAAACCAGGACUCAAAGAUGGUAAUUUUCAAGUGUUAAAGCUCAAAUUGGAGCUUUUACAUAUGUUAGCGAAGAAAUCCAGAUUCACUGUCCAGUCUGUGGAGUUUGUGUUAAAGGAUAUUGUUGAUAAGCUGGCAGAUGGAAAGAAUGGAGCUGGUGCUAAAGAGGCUUUAUCUUGUAUGGCAGAGGCUACCUCACUGGAACAUAUAUGUGCAGAGGCAACAAAGGCAGCAUUUGAUCAGAAGAACCCAAAGAACCAGGCUGAGGCUCUCAACUGGGCAUCACAAGCCAUCAGAGAGUUUGGCUUUAAAGUUAAUCUCAAACCUUUACUUAUUAUUAUCAAGAACGCUUUUGGUGCUACAAACCCUGCUGUUCGGACUGCUGCCUAUGCCCUGGUUGGCACCAUCUACCUCUACAUGGGGCCUCAGAUACGAUCGUUUUUUGAGAGUGAGAAACCAGCCCUUUUGCAACAGAUUGAUGCAGAAAUUGAAAAGGUGAAAGAUGAUAAACCUCCUGCAGCUAUCCGUGGUCAGACAGCAGGAGAGGAGGAGGCGGAUGAAGGUGAUGAGGAUGCCGAAGGAGGAGAUGAAGAUAAUGCUGUCAAUAUAGCUGACCUUGUUCCUCGUACAGAUAUAAGUGAUAAAAUCACAGAGGCUUUACUUGAAGAGUGCGCAGACAAGAAUUGGAAAAUUCGCCGAGAUGGUCUCGAUAAAAUUGUCGCCAUUUUGAAUGAGAAUAAAUUCAUCACGGGCAAUAUUGGGGGACUUCCCGAGGCUUUGAAAACACGACUGGCAGAUUCAAAUAAAAUUCUGGUAGGAACAGCACUCACGAUAUGCCAGACGCUGGCUACCUCCAUGGGACCUCAUGCUAAACAACAUGUCAAAACCAUAGCUCCAGGGUUCUUAGUGGUACUGAAAGAGAGCAAACCAAACUUACGUACAUCUGCCAUUGCAACAAUGAACCUUUGGCUGGAACAGAGCAACCUGGCCAUGUGGUUUGAUAACGAACUUAUGACAGAUAAUAUCAAGAUUGAGAACCCUAAUUUGAAAACUGAGUUAUUGGGUUGGUUGGCAGAGAAGUUGCCGUCUGCUAAAAACCUACCUGCCCCUGAAGUGCAACAGUGCAUCCCCUUUGUUCUGGCUGCUCUGGAACACAGAGAUGCUGGGGUGAGACAGAAGGCUCAAGAUGCACUCAUGCCUUUCAUGAUCCAUGCAGGCUAUGAAAAAAUGGCAAAGGCAGCGGCAAAAUUAAAGGGGUCAUCCAAUACAAAAGCUAUGGAAUUACUAGACAAGGCCAGGACUGCCCUUCCAGCUAAGCCAACCAAAGCAAAGGCAAAGCCCACUGCUAAGGCUGCUGCUGCUCAUACAGCCAAAGUUGACCUGAAAGCUGUCAUGAAUGAUGAGAUGGACUCAGGAAGUGGGCCAGCUCCAACGCAGAAAGCUGCACAAAAUAAACCAAAAUCAAAGCUUGGUCUGAAAUCAAAGGCCCCACCAGCUUCUAGCAAGAAGAAAAAGGAAGAAGAGGACACCAGUGCCCCAAUGGUAGCAAAUAGUCUCAAAGAUAAUCGCAUAUCAGACGAAAAGAAACUCAAGGUGCUAAAGUGGAACUUUACUACUCCACGUGAAGAGUUUGUUGACCAGCUGCGAGACCAGAUGGAAAAGAGUUUCAGCGCUGGAUUCAUGGAGCAGUUAUUCCACAAGGACUUCAAGCAGCAUAUCAAAGCAGUGGAGACAUUCAUGAAGUUUCAAGAUAGUGCAGCUGUACUUGCAAACAUUGACUUGAUCUUAAAGUGGAUGACUCUGAGAUUCUUUGACACAAACCCCAGUGUUCUUCUGAAGGCCCUGGAGUAUCUCCAAUCCCUGUUUGUUUUGUUGGCUGAUGAAGACUAUCAUCUUUCAGAGUUUGAAGCAUCUGCUUUCAUUCCUUAUCUCAUCUUAAAGGUUGGAGAGAAGAAUGACAAGAUGAGGAAAGAUGUCAGGACCAUAUUUAAAUUGAUGUGUAAAGUAUAUCCUGCUAGUAAGAUGUUCAAUUACAUCCUCACUGGGAUAACCACCAAGAACUCCAAGCAAAAGAUGGAGUGCCUAGAAGAGUUAGGAUGUCUGAUAGAAGUGUAUGGCAUCAAUGUAUGUCAGCCUUCGCCCGCUGCAGCACUUAAACAGAUGGCCACGCAGAUAUCAGAGAGAGAUAAUAAUGUUAGAUCUGCUGCCCUCAACUCUAUUGUAACAGCUUACCAGAUACUGGGAGACACCACAUACAAAUACUUGGGGAAGAUAAAUGAAAAGGACAUGUCCAUGCUUGAAGAGAGAAUCAAAAGAACUGCCAAAUCUAGACCAGCUUCUCAAGAUAUAAAAGAGCCAGCACCGGCAGAGAAUGUAAAAGAACGUCCUAAAUCACGAGAGAUCGGAAAUAACAGACCAACUAAGUCAGCUCCACCUAGCGAAAAUCGCGGUGGAGGUAUUCCACAACCUAAAAAGCGAACUGGUGAAUUCCAGUUAGAGCUGGAUGAACCUGACCGCUCCCAGAUCCAGAUGCCUGAACUAGUCGAGCAUGAUAUUGAUGAAAUCCUCAACGAUACUGUACAUUUACCUGAACGAAAAUCUCGACCCCCCUCCCCCAGUUCUAAGCUACUAGGCAGGCCCAGUGGUAACAAUGUGGAUGCAGCAUCUGCCAUCAACCUGGUUGUCUCCCAGGUAGCAAGCCAUGACAUCACUUCCAGUAUUCAAGCCCUCGCACAGAUUGAUGAAGUGCUGAAGGAUGACGUGAAGUCAGAGUUGCUAGUGAGCCACAUGGACCAACUGUUAUUGAUGUGCUCCAUCAAGCUGAAAAUGAUCUACACGAAGCAUAUGGGAGAGGAGCAGACAUCCAAAGAGGACAUGUUGAGCUUGUAUAGAUGUCUGCUAGCCACUAUGUUAGAGUUAUUUAAACAUAACAGUCUGGCAAAGGAGGCUACCAGUGGAGUGUUAAAGGAUCUUGUCUAUCAUUUAAUUACAAUCCUAUUGGACACACGGCUCACAAGUCUCGAUGAUGGGCCACAGGUUGUGAGAUCUGUUAACGUUAUGGUGGUUAAGAUAGUGGAGAGGUCAAACCCGACAGAAAUUAUGACUGCUUUAAUUCGCCUCCUUCACGAAUGCAUCGCCAGUGAAACUUGCUCACCUAAAUUUAUGGAACUGAUCCUAAAAUGCUUAUGGAAAACUGCACGCAUGUUACCAAAUAUGGUCAAUGAAUUAGACUUAGACUCAGUAUUGUUGGAAUUACAUAACUUCCUUAAAGCGUAUCCCUCCCACACUUGGAAAGACAUGCCCAGCGAUACACCCCUGAGGACGAUAAAGACUAUAUUACAUUCCCUGGCUAAAGCCACUGGCCCAAAAAUACUCAAUCACCUUUCCCAGAUUCCCACUCCAAAUGGAGAAGUCGAGACAUAUCUUCGUAAAGUUCUAAAAACUGUAGGUGGCAGCACUGUCAGCGAUACUAACACUUUGAACUCCGAAAGGAAUGGAGAUGAACGUAUUACAACCCCUAGAAAAGAUAAUGGUAAGACAAAUGGCAACAAGAAGUUGACUAAAACAACACAUGACAUGUUGGCUGAAAUCUUUAAGAAGAUAGGAUCAAAAGAAAACACUAGAGAGGGUUUGAAUGACUUGUUUGACUUCAAGCUGAAAUACCCAGAUGCAGAUCUCGACCCAUUCUUAAAAAAAUCGUCACAGUUUUUCCAAAGUUACAUUGAGCGAGGGUUGAAGAAUAUUGAUAUGGAGAGACAGAGUAAAACAGGGUCAGAAAUGAGCACCAGUAGCAGCAAUGGUUCAAUAGGUGGCCCCACAGCCAGCAGUACAGAUUCUGAUAUCAACCCACAGACCUAUAUGGAGAGGUUAAAGGUGCUGCGGGCCAGGUGUGGCUUGGAUAAUGCACAGGCAGUUCCAGAUGUCCCCUCUCUACCUGCUAAAGUAGAGCCAAUGUUGUCUUCAGUGUCAAGCAAUGCCAAUACUAUGCCCCAGCUUGGUUCCUCAGUAAAAGCAGAGCCAAAUCAAGCUCCGUCCUCCGCCCCCGCCAACGUUGAUGAUCUGAGGAAGAGACUAGAACGAAUCAAGAAAAAAGUGCCACAUUAAAGGCACUAAAGACUUUCCAGAUAUUGAAGUACAUAGUCAUCUAAAGACUCCACGACUAUCAACUGAAGUGGUUGAUAGGAGAAAACGGGGACUUUCUAUUUACAUUAGUUGACUUAAUGACUGAAACUUAACGAUUUACCAGUUGAUGGUAAAUGGGUUAAACACACAGGCAGCCAUAAAUACAUAUCUGGUCAUUCAAAUACCUUGGUGGCUGAUAGAACUAGCUGACUUAAUACACCAGUGGCCAGUUAAAUACACCUCUUACCAAAUAUUUAAAUUGGAGGUUGGCUAGAUACAACAAGACUAACCUUUAUUUAAACCAAAUUCUUGUCAUUGAAAAAUUAACAAAAAAUCAUUUUUAAAGCUAAAAAACAAGUCUGUUGACAGCUACACAAGUAAACACGUUGACAAAUUAAUGUUACUUACA